GGCAGCUCUAGUUUUUAUCAGCUGUGUCUCAUUUUUCUUUCUGCCUGCUUAACCUGCAUAGUCAAAACAUAAUAAGAUUGACAAAGCGCAGAAAAGUUGAAAAAAGGAAAGUAAACACAUCAGCAAAAACAUAGCAAACACAUUGCGCUGCAAAGUAAACAACAUGAAGUGGCGAAGAGGAGCAAAAGGCAACAGCAACAACAACAACAACUGAAGUGAAGACUGCGACAGGUAAACAAACGACAAGUUUGGAGAGAGGCAACAACAACAACUGCUGCCUCUGAUUCUGAUUGGUAAAACUGGACGAUGACGUCGACGACAGAGAGUGGCAACUGCCAGUUGCAGCUGCAGCUGUGCGUGCGUGGGAAUGUGGCAUGGCAAGACCUGCCGGUGCAUCUGCGUUCCAUGUUGCACGACAAUCAGCGAGACUAUGAGAAGUUCGUCUUCAACUACAGCUUGAAGAAUCAGCUGCGCUUCCGUGGCAAUUUGGCCUCGAAGGUGUUUCGCCAGGAGCAGCGCUACUACGAGCUGCUCAUCCAGAAGAAUAUCAAUGGCCUGGGCGUCUUCCCCUAUCACCUGGCAGACAUUGUCACCAAGGGACUGCGGGUGACUCCUUUUAACUACUAUCUGGAUGUCUUGAGUCAGCUGCUGCGCAGUGAUAAAAGCUACGACACGUUGCCCAACUUCACGGCCGCCGACUGUCUGCGUGUCCUGGGCAUUGGACGGAACGAGUAUCUGGCGUUGAUCAGCGACCUGAAGACGCACACACCGCGUUCCCUGCUCUUCAGUGCCAAGCCCAAUCCAUUGGACUUUCUGCCGCGGCUGCCGGUGCGUGUCCACCUGGAGCCCUGGUGGCGUCUGGACAUUGGCUAUGUCCUGGAGACGGACAUACGUCUGCUGACGCCGGGGGAACGCAGUCUGCUCGAUGAUCUUAUUGAUUUUGGUGCACAGCCGGCGGGCAAGUGUGAUUAUCCGGUGGUCCAGAGUUUAUAUCGCAAGGGACUCAUCUACUUGGAUGUGCCGAUUAGUGGCGAGGAUCGUAUAUCGAUUCCACCGUUGCGCAACUUUGUCAUGAAUCGCGUCAGCGGCGAUUACUUUGAGAAUCUGCUGUACAAGAUCUUUGUGAGCGCCGAUGAGCACAUGAGCAUCGCGGAGCUGGCGCAGAUGCUGCAGCUGGAGCUGGACAGUGUCAAGCAGGCGGUGAGCUUCAUCUGUCGCCUUGGCUUUGCCCAGCGCAAGCAGACGGAGCACGAAUCCGCCGGAGGACAGCAACAACAACAACAACAUGCCAGCUGGGCGGAUUACAAUGAGCAGCAGUUGCCACAGACGCCACAGAUAACGCCUCUGAAUUAUAAUCUGCAUGCGAGCAGCAGCUUUGAUCUGGACCAGCAGUCGAGUCCAAAGACGCCAAAGCAUGACAAGGAUAGGGACAGGGAGAAGGAGAAGGACAGCAGUUCCAUUGGCUAUCUCUCGUCGGAUGGCAACACGAGUGACUUUAGUUUUGCCAAUAUGGCCACGCCCACGGCGCCCACACACAGCAACAACAACAACAACAGCGAUGAUCAGGAGCUUAGCUCCGAGCUGGAGGAUGUCAGCGAACGCACCACCACCGUAACAAAGCCUGCUCCAGCUCCAGUUGCCUCCGCAUCCUCAUCGAAGAGUGGCAAACGUGUGGGUUUCCUCUUCGAUUCCACGCUCACGGCCUUUCUGAUGAUGGGCAAUCUGUCGCCGGGCUUGAAGAAUCACGCGGUCACCAUGUUCGAGGUGGGCAAGCUGUGCGAGGAGAGCCUCGACAGCUUUCUGGCCGAACUGGAGCAGGUCUCACUGCUGGAUGCGGAGGGUGAGGGCGAUGUCUCGCGUUAUUUUGCCCAUGCGGUGAUUCUGCGUUCCACCAUCUGCUCGUUGCGUCCUUUGCUGCCUGGUGGCUUGGAUCUGCUGCGACUGGAGUGCUUGGAGGGACUGGACUGGCAGACGCGGGAUCGUGUGCUCGAGAAGAAGUACAAGUUCAUUGUGUCCGCAACUCCGUUGACGGCGACUUUAAGUCACAUGUUUAGCAUUCCAUUCUUUGGGCAAUUUAUGCGCAGCUCCGAUGCGACGACCAUGUGGAGCAAGCUCUUCUACAACCACAUCACAGGAUAUGGUCCGCCCAGUUUGUUGUUGUGUCGCGGCACGGUGCUUAAGACGCUGCCAAGGCUCUUCCUGGGCUAUGGCAAGCUGCUGGUGAACAUCCUGCACUCGGAUGCCUAUGUGCUCAACUCGGAGAACUUUCGCAAUCUGAACGAGCAGCUGAAGAACGGCUGUAUCCUACUCCAGGGCUACGGCAUACGCUCAUCCGGCCAGCUGCAUUACGAAUCCUUUCCAUUCCAGGCGACGGAUGCCCGUCAGGCCAAGUGGGCAACGCAUCGUGCCGUGCAGAAGCUGGCCGAUCACUUGGAUCUGCGCCGGCAAUGCGGCUAUAUAACAUUCCUAAAUACGGGCGUGCCGGAUUUGGGUUGCGAGGAGUACGAGUUGCAGGUGAAGCUGAAGCUGCCACAACGCAAGCGUCCACAAGCGACGUCGUCGUCGUUGGCAGGCAAAUCGAAUGUGCCAAAUACUGAUCAGUUGACCAGCUAUCAACUGAAGAGUCCCGAUGAGAAUCACUUUGCGGCCACGCCGGAGCAUGGUCCGGCCAAUGAUUACACCUCCGCCGACUGUACACAGCUGCUGGCCAGCGAGUUGGCCAAUUGCAAUCAGACCACAUCCUCCGCCAGCCACAUUCGCGGCGAGCUAAUCUCCGAGAACUCGGUGGAGCUGCCCAUUGACCAAGUUGUGGACUCGUCCCCGGAGCCCAGCACCGAGGAUUGGACGCUGCUCGAGGUGAACUUUGGUGUUCCGCUCUUCGAUGUGGACACAAAUACGCGCAUCUGUGAGCAACUCGUGCAGCAGCUUUGCAAUGAUGCCAAUCUGGAGACGCUGCCUGAUUGUGCCCAGCAUUCGCAGUCCAUGUUCCUGGAGUUUGUGCGCCAAUGCUUGUACUUUGAGGAUGAUCCAGCGACGCCAACACACUUCCGGGAGCCACUGCAGCCAACCAAACCAUUGCCAUAUCCCCGCAUCAAUCUGGCUUUUGAGAAUGGACGUGUCGGCUACUGGAAUGGACGCUGAAUGACGUCACACUUAAUACAUUCUAAGAAAUCCUGCUACCCAGAAAACUGAUCCCAGUAUAGCUUGUCUACAUCGUUGUUUUUUUUAUCUGUUUACCCCGGGCCCUGUAUAAAUAAUGCUUAUAUAUAUACAUAAAUAGAUCUAAACCUUAUCAGCACACGAGCCAUUAGUCAGCCCGACAGCCCCCAAUACCCCCCCUCCACCAUGUAUUCCGUUUUUUAUUAGUUAUGUAAGCUUUGUCCGAGUGGCAAUACGCGAUCCAAAGGCAAACACAAACACAUACACACAUUGACACAGAUACUGCUCGUAAACAUACCAUUUAUACAUACAUAUAAAUAUGUAUAUCUCUAAAAUAAAUGCAAUUUUAAAAAA